CUUACGACGUCUGGUUGCUGAGUCCGCCGUGCGAUUGCUAAAUAGUCUGUGAUUGCUAUGCAGGAUUGUGAAUGGGUCCCUUAAGUCACGUCAUAAUUUUAGUCUGCGGCAAGUCAAAAAAUUCUGUGUAGUUGUGUACAGUGGGCAACCGUCAGUCGUCUCGUCAGUCCCAAAGAGUAAAUAAUGGCUGAUGCUGCCGUGGAGACCGCUCCUGGCGAUGAAAAUGAUGAUAGUUGGCUUUACGGAGAGUCGGCUAAUGAACAGAUCGAGAAUCAGGACGAAGAACCUAAUGAUAAACAGCAGCAACAGCUGGAAUCUGAGGAAACUGAGAAGGAGCAAGAAGAAAAUGACGAAAAUAAUGAUGACUCUCAUUUCAACGACGAGCACUUCGCAGAUGUGACGCGAGAUGAACAAGAACAAGCCAAUGGUGAUGCAGACAGCCAAGACAAUGGCGAUUCUGAUUCCGAUGAUAGUGACGAUGUCAAAGUCACCAUAGGAGAAAUUAAAACAGGACCCCAAGCGUACGCCAGUUUAAAUAUUAAAAGAGGUGUUGGCUUAGUAGCUGCUGGUGCUGAAAAACCUAGACCUGGUGUGACUGCCGGUGGCAAAGUUACUUUAGAAGACUUAGAAGGGUCAGGCAGCAUCAAUGGUGUACCUGCACUGGAAUUCAACAUUGACACCAUUGAAGAUAAGCCAUGGAAUAAACCAGGAGCAGAUAUUUCAGAUUAUUUCAACUAUGGCUUCAACGAGGUCACUUGGAGUGCGUACUGCGAGCGCCAGAGACGUAUGCGCGUGUCUGAAGCCGGUGUGGGGCUGCACGCAGGCCCCCCGCCGCGCGCCCCCGCCCCCGACAUGCGGCGCCAGCCCGGUAUCAUGAGAAAUGAUGAUGGUCCUCCAGUGCUCUCUGGAAACAAUUAUCAAGCGCGAGAGAACACUAUACAGGUGAUGACAGCGGAACGACGGGAAUACGGGCGUGGGCAUGUUCGAGAACUAGGACCUCCAGGAGAAUACUUCCCAUCCGGGCCGCCUGAUCACUACUACCCGCCCCACCCAACAUACGAGGAGCCCUGGCCGCCGCAGCAGCCGCCUGGCUGGGCGCCGUCUGAGAUAAAGGAGCUGACUCCGGGCCCCGCAGCCAGCGGCCCGCCCGGCCCCGGCGGCCCCGGUGGCCCCGGUGGCCCCGGCCCCGGCGGCAUGGGCCCGCCCGCCUGCCUGCCGCCGCCGCACUAUGCGCCACCGCCGCCCUACCGGCACAUGCCGCCCUCCCACCCGCACCCGCACCCGCUCGACCGCCCCUACCCGCUCGACCGGCCGCACCCGCUGCACCCGCUCGACCGCGACCGGGAACGCGACCGAGACCGCGAGCGGGAGCGCACGCGCGAGAGGGACGACCGCGACCGACGCGAGCGCAGGGACGAUGAAGAGCGAGAGAGAGAGAGGGAUAGAGAAAGAGAUCGGGAGCGGGAACGUUCGCGUUCUAUCAAACCAGAAAGGAUAAGAGAAAAAAAACGCAAGUCGUACAGAAGAGAGCGGUCGAGGUCACGGUCGCGCCGUCACAAGUCGCGCUCACGCUCACCGCAACUCCGCGAGCGCACGCGCGACCGCGAACGUUCUCGCGAGCGCGAACGCUCCCGCGAACGAGAACGAUCACGCGACCGCGAGCGCAGCGUCAAACCCAAGCCCAAGGAGAGCAAAGACAAGGACAACGAUGAAAAAUGAGGACUUGGAGUGUUGCACGGGGUUUCUAGACUGUAAUUUAAUGAUAAGAGAUAAAAUAAAGUUGUGGUUAAGUAUACA